CUUCCCAGUCAUCGACCCCACGCGUUCCUUCGAUGUCUCGCCCUGUGCAAGUCUCGACUCCACAUUCUCUCUCCACAGUAGAGUCUCCUCCCUCUUUCCUCUCCCAUUCUUGUCAGUCUAGUGCUCGCAAACACCUAACAUAAACCCACCAAUUUUCCUUUCGAGUUUUCUCUCACUUUCUUCGGAGAGGAAAAAUCACAUCUUUAUGAGUUCUUUUUUCUCACAAUUCCAGGCCUUUCUGCUGAAAUUCAGUUGCACACUUUCUUCCUGAAUUUCCUGCACUCUCUUUCACAAUUCCAGACCAUGUAUCCCACACUCUAUCCCCACGAGUUUCUAAACCCUUUUCAUCGAUUUCACCCAUUUUUCUUUCCCCCCUGAGAUUUGCUCCUAGUUCCAUGUUCUCAACCCCAUAUGUUCUCUCGUUCUCUCUUCUCUUGUCUCUUCCGAUCCUCUUCUUCUUCCUUGCCCCUCACAUCCUCCCUCCUCGACACUCCGUCCCCAUUUCCCUCGACGACGAGCUCGACGAUCUUGCUCUCUUUCAUCGCGCCGCUGCACAAUCGUCCUCGUCGUCCCCUCCAAAUGACCCCAACAGACACUUCCAUCUUUCGUCAUCCAAGUAUCCAAAGCUCAAGAUCGCUUUCUUAUUCCUCACAAAUUCUGACCUCCAUUUUGCCCCUCUCUGGGAUCAAUUCUUCAAUGGCAACCCCACCGAUUUGUACAACAUUUAUGUUCACGCAGAUCCUGCCGUAAAUGUCACGCGCCCAACCAGCGGCGUUUUUAAGGGACGAUUCAUCGGGGCCAAGCGGACCUUUCGCGCGUCUCCCACUCUUAUCUCUGCCACCCGCCGGUUGCUUGCCACCGCGCUUCUUGACGAUCCCGCCAAUGCCUAUUUUACCGUCCUCUCGCAGUACUGUAUCCCUCUCCAUUCUUUCCGAUAUGUGUAUCGUUCCCUUUUUGUGUCCCCAACCUUCGAUUUGACCUCCUUUGAAUAUGAUCCUGAAGCGGCUCGGCUGGGUGUACGACUGAUGUACAAGAGUUUCAUCGAGAUUCUCUCCAAGGAGCGUAUCCUUUGGAAACGAUACAUUGCUAGAGGUCGAUUCGCUAUGAAGCCCGAGGUGACAUUCCAACAAUUUCGAGUUGGAUCUCAGUUUUUCACGCUCACGCGUCGACAUGCAAUGUUGGUGAUAAAAGAUCGGGUCCUCUGGGGAAAAUUCAAGUUGCCUUGUUAUAGAGACGACGAGUGCUACCCUGAAGAACAUUAUUUUCCUACUUUGUUAUCAAUGGCGGAUCCAGAUGGUUGCACCAAAUACACCCUGACGCGUGUCAAUUGGACGGGUACGGUGAAUGGGCACCCUUAUACAUAUAAGCCCGCUGAAGUAUCGACGGAGCUGAUUCGUCAACUCCGGGUGUCGAACUACUCGGAAUCUUAUCUGUUUGCUCGAAAAUUUACCCCUAAUUGCUUGGAAAAGUUGAUGGGCAUAGCUAAAUCGGUCAUAUUCAAGGACUGAAAUCUGAACACGGUGAAAACUUCAGAGUUAAGAAAUCUCUGGUGAAGUUGGAAUUUUUUACCGUUGGACUAGUUUGAUGGAGAUAUAUGGUUUGAAGGGGCAUGAACAGCUGACGACCCAUACACCCUAAGCUCUCCAACGCAGAGAGCCGGGAUGCAAGUAAUACUGGUUCAAGAAAUGAAUCAAAAAAGGCAGGUGGAUAUUGGACACCAGCGCGAGCUUGAAACCUAAAAGGAAAAGGCAAGUACUUCAGUCAUGUGUGUUCUGUUGGUGUGAAAAAAGAAACAGUGGUCGUGCUCAAUUAGCUGUCAACUUGUUAUAAAAGAUUGUGUUGGCUAUUUAUCCUUUUUGGAAACUGUACAUAGAGUUCUGGACAACAUUCAUUAAAGGUCUACAAUGUACUUUAGGAUGAAACGAAACGAAUCCUGUUGCCAAAACUUGAGGGAACAGUUACUACAAGUGGGGAGGGGGGGGGGUUCUGGCCAAUUGCUUCUCCCAUCUCUGUACUAUAUACCUUUAUUUCCACCAUUCAAAGAAAUUCAAUGUAGACAUGGAAGAAUGAUGUCGAUUUUACUAUAAUGGUUAUUUGAUCUGUUUAUCAGACAUGUAAUUAUGCUGAUAGUAUAUUUUGUUAUAAUAUUUAGUUGACAUGUUCGAGUC